AUGGUUCUACUUUUAAAUUAUGCAUUGUUUUGUCUUUUAAAAAAUUUACAGAUUGAAGAUCCAGGUUGCUUCUGGGUUAUUAUAAAAGGAUGUAGUCCCUUUUUAGACCAUGAAGUCGACUAUCAAAAACUAAAUAGUGCCAUGAAUGACUUCUAUAAUAGCAUGUGUCAAGAUAUAGAAAUAAAACCAUUAAUGUUGGAAGAAGGGCAGGUUUGUGUGGUUUAUUGUGAAGAGCUGAAGUGCUGGUGCAGGGCUGUUGUUAAGUCAAUCAUGUCUUCCGCAGACUAUUACCUGGCAAAAUGCUUCCUUGUGGAUCUUGCCAAGUGCGUUCCAGUAAAAUCUAAAAACAUCCGAGUUGCAGUAGAGUCUUUUAUGCACCUUCCUUAUAGAGCCAAAAAAUUCAGACUGUACUGCACAAAACCUGUCACACUGCACAUUGACUUCUGUGAAGACAGUGCUGAAAUUGUACCUGCCAGGAAGUGGGACAGUGCAGCUAUUCAGUACUUCCAGAAUAUUCUUAAAGUAACUACCCAGGUGGAAGCCAAAUUAUGUGCUGUGGAAGAAGAUACUUUUGAGGUUUACCUUUAUGUAACUAUAAAAAAUGAAAAAGUUUGUGUUAAUGAUGAGCUUGUUGCAAAGAACUUCGCUUGUUAUAUGUCACCCACAGAGAGUAAACUUGUCAACUCAAGACUGAAUAUAAAGUCAGCAUCUUUCUCCAGUAAACUCAAUCCAGCACUUACUCUUUGGCCAAAGUUUUUGCAAGGAAAAAAUUUUCACGGAACAGAAAAUAAAUCUGUAAAAUGUAAUAUGGAUUCACUGAAAGAUUCACCUCAAAACAAAUCUGAAAAGAAACAGCAUUACAUCUCUUUAAAAGAUGUAAAUAAGUGUGUCGAAUCUUCAGCAUACUGGCCAACAAAAAGAGGCAUAACCAUAUAUGCUGAUCCAGAUACACCAGCAACAAGUGCUUUAAGACAGAAGACAAAUGAGAAACCACUUAGACUGGCUGAGAAGAAAGAAUAUGAUGAGAAGAAUGACUGUUUGAAAUUAUUGCAAUUUUUAAAUCCUGAUCCUUUGAGAGGGGAUGGAAUCUCUGAUCUGCAGCAGUUGCAGAAGCUGAAGUUGGGAAUGUUGCAGCCUGUUGCAGUGCUCCGAAACAGGAUCGAGCCCUGCUUGACCAUGGACACGUCACCACUUUCAGCAGAUCUGAGAAGGGCUCUUCAGAGAAAUAAGUUCCCAGGACCGAGCCACACUGAAUCGUACUCCUGGCCUCCCAUAGCACGGGGCUGCGAUGUAGUUGUCAUUUCUCACUGUGGCAAUGACCCUCUAGUGUACCUUCCACCGGUGCUUACAAUUUUGCAAACAGGGGGCUGUUACAAGUCAUUACCAAGCAGAAAUGGACCUCUUGCCAUUAUUGUGUGCCCUGGGUGGAAAAAGGCCCAAUUUAUUUUUGAAUUACUAGCAGACUAUGGCAUGUCCUCCAAGCCUCUUCAUCCUGUGUUAUUAACAAUUGGACUCCACAAAGAUGAAGCCAAAAAUACGAAGCUUCCAAGAGGCUGUGAUGUGAUUGUUACAACACCACAUAGCCUCCUAAGACUUCUCACACAUCAAAGCUUGCUAUUUCUUAGACUCUGUCACCUGAUUUUGGACGAGGUGGAAGUAUUAUUCCUUGAAGCUAAUGAACAAAUGCUUGCUAUAUUAGAUAACUUUAAAAAAAAUACUGAAGUUGAAGAAAGGGAAUCUGCACCGCAUCAGGUUGUUGCAGUUGGUGUUCAUUGGACCAAACAUAUAGAACAAUUAAUCAAAGAGUUCAUGAAUGAUCCCUACAUUGUGAUCACAGCCAUGGAAGAGGCUGCUCUCUAUGGCAAUGUCCAACAGGUAGUGCAUCUUUGCCUAGAAUGUGAAAAAACCUCUACUUUACUCCAAGCUCUUGAUUGCACUCCAAGACAGGCUCAAAAGACCUUGAUCUUCACCUGCUCUGUAGCAGAGACAGACAUAGUAUGUAAGGGUUCUCCUGCAGAACAGGGAGCUAAAAAAACCAAAUCUGUCCUGCUGCUGACGGAGAAAAACGCGAGCCAUGCGGUUGGUGUCCUGCGCUACCUGGAGCGAGCAGAGGCCAAAGUCCCGGCAGAGCUGUAUGAGUUCACAUCAGGGGUUCUGGAAGCCAGAGAAGACAAAAAAGCCAGAAGGCCUCUCUGUCCAUAUCUUAAGGCUUUCGGUUUUUGCAAAGACCAAAAGAUCUGUUCUGACCGACAUCUUAUUAAUCCAAAAAUGGACAUGCCAAGAAAAUUAUCCAACCAAGCUCUAUCAACAUGUGGAUACAUUAAAAUAAUACCUUUUUAUAUUUUGAAUGCAACAAAUUACUUUGGUCGUAUAAUUGAUAAUAAUGUGGAUCUUUAUGCAACUCUUAAUGAUGAAAUGAAUGAAUAUUUCAAGGAUUCGAGUAAUAAAACAGCAGUCAAGAAGGUAGAGAAAUUUGGAUUGUAUGGAUUAGCAGAAAAAACAUGUUUUCACAGGGUUCAAGUGUUGGAGAUGAGCCCUAAAGAAGACCCAUGGGCCCUGGAUGCUGUCCUUGUGAAGUUCAUCGAUGAAGGCAGGACCGAGCUCAUCACAGGAGACCGGCUGUUACACCUCCCAGAACAUUUCCACACACUUCCUCCCCAGGCUGUGGAGUUUAUUGUUUGUAGAGUGAAGCCUGCUGACAAUGAAAUGGAAUGGAAUCCAAAGGUUACUAGAUACAUUCAUCAUAAAAUUAUUGGGAAAUUACAUGAUGCAAAAGUGAUAUUGACUUUGGGAAAUACAGUUUGGAUUGAUCCAAUGGUGCACAUUACAAGUCUUUCAAAUUUGAAAACUUCAGUCAUUGAUUAUAAUGUUCGAGCUGAAAUUUUGUCAAUGGGAAUGGGCAUUGAUAAUUCAGAACAUGUAGAAAAACUGAAAAAAUUAUACAAAGAAGCUAAAAUGCCAGCUGUUGAAGAAAACCUAAGCCAGACCCCGACACCUCCUCCAGCAGAAGAUACUGCUUGUCUGCAGAGCACACAGCAAGAGGACGGGGGCACAGAAAGAGACACUGAGCCUGAGACGAACUCAGAAAACCAAAAACCUGAGCACACGUCCACACCCAGGCAGGACUUCUCGAGGAAGCGGGAGGUGUGGCUGUUGGCGCUGUGCGUGCACGGCCACUCGGGUGCUGUACCUCGGUUUUUCACAGAAACGUUAUCUGAAAACACUGGAGAUGCUUCCACUAGCAAAACUGCACAGCCACAUCUGAAAAGGUACGUCUGCCCACUGCCAGGGAGUCUGUGUCCCUUGACCGGUGACGAAGCACUGGUGAGUGUUCACGUCUUUUUCUUUCCUUGUAGCUUCCACCCACAAGUAAAAUGGUUCCAAAAAGAUGAUGUCGUCAUCUUAAAGAUAAAAAUAAGGAAUGUGAAAGAUUACAAGUGUAAAUAUUUUAAAGACAGAGUCAUUUUCAGUGCCUGGGUAGGAGACAGACUGUACAUGGCUGACAUGGAGCUUCAAGCCAGCAUUACGAAGGCUGGCUGCAAGUGCGAGAUUGCAAAUGACGAACCUGUAGUCACGCUUGCCAAGGAGAAGCGGGAACCGUGGCGUCGCCUGCUCAGGCAGAAGAACCCUAACGUGGCUUUUGACUUUGACCACUGGGAAGACUGUGACGAGGACAGCCACUUCUCCCGGGUUAUAAAUCCUAAAAACCUGCCCUGCAAAGUGGCAAAGGUGGUUGAAAACAGUAGCUCAGCUUCGGAGGAUGAUGAAAGUGAUAGUGAUUGA